AUGUUGAUAAGGAAUGGUGAAAGUACGAAACAUCAUGAUGCGUCUGAAUAUAUAGGUACCGUUUCAAAUGUAGCAGAAGCUGUCGAAUGGCUCACUUAUACCUAUUACUAUACUAGAGCAACGCAGAAUCCAAUUGCUUAUGGCCUCCCACACAUGGUCCUGGAUAAGGACCCCGAUUUACGUCACCAUCUAACGCGCAUGGUUACUGAUGUUGCCGUCAAGCUCGAUCAGAACCAAAUGAUUCGGUUCGACAGUGUGAACGCUUUCAUGCACGCGACCGAUCUUGGGAGAAUUGCGUCCAAUUUCUAUAUCAAAUAUGAAACAAUAGAAAUGCUCAAUGAAACCGGUAGGUCAUGUAGCGGUUGCUUUCAGGCCUUCCUGUAUCGCUUAGUGCUUUCAUGCCAGAUGAUAUGGUACUUGCCUUAA